AUGCUCGGUUACGACACACGCCUCGCACCCCCAAACUUCAUCAAAUCUGCCAGACCCGGCGACGACAGUAAGCACAACUUCGACGUCUGCCAUCACCAUACAAGCCGCGACUCCGUAUACGUGCCAGCAUUCGAAUCGCCGUAUCGAGGUGUCGGAGUAGAGGAGGUCGCCCAGCAUGCCUCCUCCGCCACACAGCAGGCCGGAAAAUGUCCUGAAGGUGCGUUCCCAGGCUCUUAUAUUACCCUCUGCGCUGCGAUGCCCGCUGAGCACGGCCUACAAAUCGAAAGAAGCAGGCCGGGAGCCCGGGCCCAGGAGCUUAUCGGCGUCGGCCAGUCGCAGGCCGCGCUGUCACUGCUCCACGAACAUGUCGUCUCAAAGCGCACCCGGAACAGUCCGAUCGCCUCUCUCGAGCCGGUGAUGAUACUCUUUGUCGAGCUAUGCGUCGAUCUGAGGAAGGGCAAGCUAGCAAAGGACGGCCUGUACCAGUACAAGAACACAGCGCAGAACACAAACGUGGGGACGAUUGAGCUGGUCUUCAAGAAGUUCAUCGAGCUUGCCGAGCAAAAGGUCACCGAAGCCCAAGCUAAAGCCGAUGAAGUCCACGCUGGCACAGAAUCAACUUCCACUACAAAUGUUGAGGAUCUCGAAGCAACGGAGACUCCGGAAUCCAUCCUCCUAUCCACUGUAUCCGGUGAACAAUCCCGAGACAGGACCGACAGAGCCAUCGUUACGCCAUGGCUGAAGUUCUUAUGGGAGACGUACCGUACGGUACUCGAUAUCUUCAAGAACAACGCUAGGCUCGAGGUCAUGUAUCAGUCGACUGCCCAUCAGGCAUUCCAGUUCUGCUCGAAAUAUGCCCGCAAGACCGAGUUCAGACGCCUUUGCGAGCUUCUGCGGAAUCAUCUGCAGAAUGCUGCCAAGUUUUCAUCUCAGAUGCAUGCCAUCAACCUCAGCGACCCAGACACCCUCCAGCGCCACCUUGACACCCGCUUCCAGCAGUUGAACGUUGCUGUUGAGCUUGAGCUAUGGCAGGAGGCGUUCCGCAGUGUCGAAGACAUCCAUACACUGCUCAGCUUGAGCAAGCGCCCAGCAAAGAACAUUAUGAUGGCCAACUACUUUGAAAAGCUUACUCGCAUCUUCCUGGUCAGCGAGAAUUACCUUUUCCAUGCCGCCGCAUGGAGUCGAUAUUAUAAUCUCAUGCGUCAAUCUGCCGCAGCCGUCGCCUCCGGGCAGAGCCCGAAGAAGGAUAAUCCUGCCGUCUCCGAAGCCGACAUGACCAAAGCCGCCUCCUUCGUUCUGCUCUCUGCCCUCGCCAUCCCAGUCAUCAGUACCUCACGCUCCCGCGGCGCCCUCGUCGAUGUUGAUGAAGCCCGGAAGAGCAAGAACGUGCGCCUCACCAACCUCUUAGGCAUGUCGCAAGCGCCCACGCGUGCCAUCCUCUUCAAAGAUGCUCUCAGCAAGGGCCUGCUCAAGCGCGCCAGAUCCGAGAUCCGAGAGCUCUACAACAUCCUUGAAGUCGACUUCCACCCUCUCUCCAUCUGCAAGAAGAUCAGCCCGAUCCUCAGCGCUAUUGGCGCCGACGCGGACAUGCAGAAAUAUGUGCAGCCGCUCCAGCAGGUCAUCCUGACGCGCCUGUUCCAGCAGCUGAGCCAGGUCUACGAGUCCGUCGAGCUUAGCUUUGUCAUGGAUCUUGCCGCGUUCCCGGAGCCGUUCCAGGUCAACACGGGCAUGAUUGAGAAGUUCAUCAUGAACGGGUGCAAGAAGGGCGAUCUGGCCAUUCGCGUCGAUCACGCGACGGGCGUGCUCACGUUCGACUCGGACGUAUUCUCUUCAGCCAAGGCGCUGCAUCCCGGCUCGGGCGCCGGCAGCGCCGAAGCGGAAGCGGGUUCCGUGCAGAAGCUACAGAGCACUCCUGCGGAGAUUGUAAGGAGCCAGCUUACCCGCUUGGCGAAGACUCUCUACAUCACGUGCCAGUACGUGGACCCGACCUUCAAUGAGGACAGACAGAAGUUAAAGGCCGCGGCGCUGGCGAGAGCCAAGGCGGGCGCAGAGAAGGAGCACGUGGAGACGCUGAAGCGGAGAGAGAUCAUCGACCGCAAGAAACAGGCUGCUAGCUCGCAGCUUGCUGCGAAGCAGAAGGAAGAGGAAACCCGCAAGCGGAUGCGGGCGCAGCAGGCGCAAGAAGCCGAAGCGGAGAGGCUCAGAGAAGAGCAGAAAGCGAGGGAACAGCGCAGGAUCCAGGCCGAGCUGGACCGCGUUAAGCGCGAGGAAAUUGAACGCCAGCUUAAGGAGCUCAAGACGGGUACAAAGGGCGUGGAUGUCGAAAGCCUCGAUGUGAGCGAGUUGGAUGCAGGAAGGAUCCGCGCGAUCAAACUUGCUGCGCUGGAGAAGGAGAAGAAUGAGCUUAGCGACAGGCUGAGGAUCACCGGGAAGCGGAUCGACCAUCUGGAGAGGGCGUUCAGGAGGGAGGAGAUCAAGCAUCUUCCCGAGGACUAUGCGGCGCAGCGUGAGCAAGACUUUGCUGCAUACGAAAAAUUCAAGACCGACACGCUCAGGGAUGCGGAGCAGAAGCACACGGAGGAUGUUGCGCUCAAACACCGACUGGGCCGGUUGGUGGAGAAGUACGAGGGGUUCAAGAAGAACGUGGAGAGAGAGCGGAAGAGCGAAUUCGAGAAGAGAAGAAAGGCGGCGGAUAAGGAGCUGCAGCAGAAGAUGGACGCCCGUCGCCGCGAGUACAGCGAGCGGAAGGCGAGGGAGAGACGUGAGGCGGAAGAGGCGGAGCGCCGUGCCAGAGAGGAAGAGGAACGCCUUGCUCAGGAGGCGGAAGAGAAGGCGCGCGAGGAGGAGGAGAAGCGCGAGAGGAUGAGGGCAGAGAAGGAGGAGAGAGAGAAGAGCAGACGCGAAGCAGAAGAAGCAGCAGCCCGCCAACGCCAACGCGAAGAAGAAGCCCUCGCCCGCCGCAAAGCCGCCCGCGAAGCUUCCACCCGCGUCCCCGAACGUGCGCCCGAACGUGCGCCCGAACGUGUGCCCGAACGCGCCGCCGCGGAGUCGCCAGCCCCAACUGAAUCCCGCGGUCCACCGCGGCUUACCCUCCAACCCAAAUCCGGCGCCCCGCCCAUGUCCUGGCGCGAGCGUGAAGCCCUCAAGAAAGCAGGCCAAUCCCCGGCCCCGACACAGAACCCGACGCCCCCGGUGCCACCAGCGGACGAACGCGUCGCGACGGCUGAGGUGGACCUGCCGCGCAAGACGGGCGGCACUGGGUCUGGGUAUGUGCCGCCGCAUCUGCGCGAGGCUGGAGCGAAGAAGCCGAGUGAGGAUGGUGCGGGUGGUGGGUGGAGGAGCCGGGAGACUUCGAGAAGGGGGGAGAGCCCUGCGCAGGCGGCGGGUGGGAGGUAUCAGCCGCCGGCUCGCGCGGGAGGCGCUGAGACGGAGAGGAAGGGAUAUGUUCCUCCCAGCUUGAGGGGAGGUGAGGAAGGCGCGAGGGAUGCUAGUCCCGCUGCCGCUGGUGCUGGGGAGGAAAGGAGGGAUGGGGGCGCGGAUAGGAAGACGGGUGGGUAUGUGCCACCGCACUUGAGGGGGCGAAGGGGGGAGUAG